AUGAGUGUUGAACAAAUAGAGGAAACUUUCAAUAAACGCAAGUCAAUCAAAUUAAAAGAAAGAUUACUUGCUAUGGAGGAAGAGGUACAGCAUCCUGACAUUGAUACUUAUGAUGAAGUUGCCUUAUCUGUCAAGGUGGAAUUGCUGGACAAAUUGUAUUCGGAUUUUGAAGUCGUACAUGAUCGUCUAGAACGAGAAAAUUAUCAUGAAAUGGAAAGCAAUUUACCGACAGAAGUCUCUGCAAUAUAUAUGACAAUCAAGUCGACUCUGACGCGAAAAAUAAUGGCAUUUCGAUCGAAACCAAUUCACCAAAAUCCAACACUAUUAAGACAGUCUACAAUGAAUGAACCGCAGCCAUCAUUUUUGUUACCAAUACAAAAAACGAGUCUGCCAAUUAUACAAAUUCCAACAUUCAAUGGCAUUUAUAGUGAUUGGCCAGAUUUCUUUUCAAUGUUUGAAACUGUUAUUGAUAAUGAUGACGACCUAUCCAAAAUUGAAAAAUUUCAACAUCUUAAAACGUGUCUCGCUGGUCCAGCAUUGGAUUCUAUUCAUUCGUUGGAAAUUAGUGAACUAACUACGAUAAAGCUAUUGAAAUUUUAA